AUGCCCCAGGAAGUAACUUUGGCGGACCCAGCAUUUUUCAAAUGCAGAUCAGUAGAUCUUGUCUUGGGAAUUGAAUCGUUUUUCUCGUUCUUCAAAUCAGGUCGGGAAAUUUCUCUGGGCAACAACCUCCCAACACUGAUUGAGUCUGUUUUUGGAUGGGUGAUUUGCGGUGGUCAAUCUUUAUCAAAAACAAGUGACCAAAUCACCUGUAAUGUGUCAGUUUCGGAAACUAUAGAGGAAAUGGUUUCUCGGUUUUGGUUGAGCGAGGAAAUCGAUGUUGGCCCCAGUUUUUCGCCUGAAGAAGCGCGCUGUGAAGAAAUUUUCAAACAAGACGUUCAACGUUCGGAAGAUGGUCGGUAUGUUGUCAGUUUACCAAAGAACGAGUCGGUUAUUCAGCGUUUGGGUGAAUCGAAAAGAAUCGCAAUCGAUCGUCUCAAAGGUACAGAGCGCAGGUUAGCUCGGAAUCCCGUUUUACACGAUGAAUAUCAUAAAUUUAUGAAUGAGUACAUUAAGCUGGGUCAUAUGCGAAAGGUUGAAGAAAGGGAUUCCAAGAAGCGAUGUUUUCUCCCACAUCACCCAGUUCUAAAAGAGGCCAGUACAACGACUAAAGUUCGUGUUGUUUUCGACGCAAGUUGCAAAACUUCUUCGGGGGUUUCAUUAAACGAUGCCUUGCUGUUGGGUCCGACAAUUCAGCAAGAUCUUCGAUCUAUCAUUUUGCGAAGCAGGACAAGGCAAAUUUUGAUAGUUUCAGAUGUCGAGAAAAUGUUCCGCCAAGUUUACGUUAGGCAGGAAGACAGGCCUCUGCAGUGCGUUCUGUGGAGAAGUUCUCCAGAAAAAGAAGUAGACGUUUACGAAAUGAAUACGGUUACAUAUGGUACAAAGCCUGCUCCAUUUUUAGCAACAAGAGCACUGAUACAACUAGCUAUGGAUGAGAAGGAACACUAUUCAAGGGCAGCUCAGGUACUUCAGACUGAUGUUUAUAUGGAUGACGUCAUUACGGGAGCAGACUCUAAGGAAGAAGCAAUUAUGUUGCGCCACGAACUCGAUGCAAUCAUGAAGUCAGGUGGAUUUUUACUUCGAAAAUGGGCCUCGAACUGCCCUGAGGUGUUGAAGGGCAUUUCAAAGCAAAAUUUGGCGAUAAAGGAGUCGGAAGAAAUCUUGUUAGAUCCAGAUCCGUCGGUUACAACCCUCGGUUUAGUUUGGAGGCCAAAAUCGGACAUUUUAAAACUUAAAUUUCAAAUUCCACAGUUGGCAGUGACGGAGCAAUUAACAAAACGGAAGAUCUUAUCAGUAAUUGCGUCUUUGUUUGAUCCAUUGGGCUUGGUUGGAGCUGCUAUUACAACAGCAAAGAUUUUCCUACAAUUACUCUGGACUUAUGAAGACAGUAAUGGUAAAAAACUGGAUUGGGAUUCACCUUUACCCAAAAUGGUGGGUGAGGAAUGGUGGAAAUUCUACAAACAACUUCCCUUGCUGCAAGAAAUUGCUAUUGGUCGCUGCCUUAUCAUUCCUAAGGCUGUUUUGGUGGAAAUUCACUGCUUUUCGGAUGCGUCACUAAAGGCUUUUGGCACGUGUGCUUACUUGAAAAGCAAAAAUGCAGAAGGCAGUGUUUGGAUAUGA